AUGCAACGGAUGUGGGGAGUUCUUUGUUUGCCUUCUGCUUUUCCUCACUCGUGCCUCCUCUCUUUUCGGUUUUCCGCUGCCGUUUGUCAUUUUUGUUUUGAUUCAUCCGUUGAUUUUCCUUCUUUCCAGCCGUCUCCUUCUAGCGGCAAAAGCUCCCCCCCCCCUUUAACCAGGAAGAGGCGCACUCGCAGCUUUCUUUCCUUUUCCACGAUCGUAUAUAUUGAUGUAUUUGCCUUCUUUAACAACAACAGCAGCAGCAGCAAAAAAAAAAAACAAGGUCUCUCAUGUCGCCGCUUCCAUUCGCAUUUAACUGCAGGUUUAAACGCGUUUCGGAUGCGCCGUUUCGUAUUUUUUCUUUUUAAAUUAUUAUUUUCUCGUUUGUCAUCUUUCGAUACCAAUACUCUGUCGUUUUUCCCUCGUACUUUUUCCCCCUUUUUUCUUCUAUACAACACCAAGGUAGCGCAAAGUCGCAAAUUGGUCGAAAUCUAA